GCUGCUGGUCCUCAUUCUACUCAAGCCCUCCAACUCAGACAGUUUCGGUCCAGCAUUCACCGCAGAGUUUUCCAAUCAUGAGCAAGACCUACAGUGCCUCUGCUGAAACGGCUUCAUCCUACCGCCGGACCUUUGGCUCAGGCCUGGGUUCCACCAUGUCCGGCUCACUGUUCUCUGGCCUGGGCUCCUCAGGCUCCUCCGGCUCCUCACGUAUGUCCUCCAGAGUCUACGAGGUGACGAAGGCCUCCUCCGCUCCUUUCUAUUCCAGCCUCCGCUCCUCCUUCAAGGCCGGACCUGUGAUGCGGUCCUAUGCUGGCGAGAAGCUGGACUUCAACCUGGCCGACGCCAUGAACCAGGAUUUCCUGAACACACGCACCAAUGAGAAGGCUGAACUGCAGCAUCUGAAUGACCGGUUUGCCAGCUACAUUGAGAAGGUGCGCUUCUUGGAGCAGCAGAAUCAGGCCCUGUCUGUGGAAGUGGAGCGCCUUCGUGGCCGCGAGCCCACCCGCAUUGCUGAGAUGUAUGAGGAGGAGAUGAGGGAACUGCGCAGGCAGGUGGACGCGGUGACCAAUCAGAGAGCUCGUGUGGAGGUCGAGCGGGACAAUCUGGCUGAUGACCUGCAGAAGCUCAAACUCAGACUCCAGGAGGAGAUCCACCAGAAAGAGGAGGCAGAGAACAAUCUGUCUGCAUUUAGAGCUGAUGUUGAUGCUGCUACCAUCGCCAGGCUGGACCUGGAGAGACGCAUUGAGAGCCUGCAUGAAGAGAUCGCCUUCCUCAAGAAGAUCCACGAGGAGGAGAUCCGUGAGCUCCAAAACCAGAUGCAGGAGUCCCAGGUCCAGAUCCAGAUGGAUAUGUCCAAACCCGACCUGACCGCUGCUCUGAGAGACAUCCGCACACAGUAUGAGGCCAUCGCUGCCAAGAACAUUUCAGAGGCUGAGGAGUGGUACAAGUCCAAGGUGUCAGAUCUGAACCAGGCUGUAAACAAGAACAAUGAUGCUCUAAGACAGGCCAAGCAGGAGAGCAUGGAGUUCCGUCACCAGAUCCAGUCCUACACCUGUGAGAUCGACUCUCUCAAGGGCACUAACGAGUCUCUGAUUAGGCAGAUGAGGGAGAUGGAAGAGCGGUUGGGCCGCGAGGCUGGAGGCUACCAGGACACCAUCACCCGUCUGGAGACUGAGAUUGCUAAAAUGAAGGAUGAGAUGGCGCGUCACCUGCGGGAGUACCAGGACCUCCUCAAUGUCAAGAUGGCCCUGGACGUGGAGAUUGCUACCUACAGGAAGCUGCUGGAGGGAGAGGAAAGCAGGAUCACUCUGCCGGCACAGUCAUAUUCCUCCUUGAGUUUCAGAGGUGAUGUCAGAGAGACCAACCCUGAGCAGUAUGUGCAGCCACGUACCUCUGAUGUCCACUCCAAGAAAACAGUUCUGAUUAAGACCAUAGAGACUCGUGAUGGAGAGACUAGAACAUCUAGUGAGGAAAUGAGUGCCAUGAGCGCUCAGCGUGUUGUCAGCGAAUCCACACAGCACCAGCAGGACAUCAUGUAAAACCGACAAAAAGAAAGAAGCAAUAUACCCCAACAGAAUUCAAUUUCCUUUUGAAACAAGAGGAAGAGGCCUUCAGAUUUAGAUUUUUUAAUGAAUAUUCUGAUGAAUAUGAUGACAUGCUGACCCAUGAACCCAAGCAGCUAUGGAUGAAUAAGAAGUCAAAGCUGAAAGUGUUAACACACAUUAAAGAACAAUGCUAACCUGCUGCUAAAAAUACAAGUACUUUAAUACAGUGCAUAAAUCACUCACACACAUCCGUGCACUGCGUACCGAAACCUUCUCCUUCUGCUCCACUUCAGCAGCCAACUGUCUGCCCCUGAGGCCAGAAGUCAUGGCAGAAGUAUAACCACACAAAGCAUGCGUCCCACCCUACUGCCCCAGUCAUAGCUCUGGCUGACAUUUAGAAUGCUCCCUGCAGUCUCACCAUCUGAUUACAGUAUGCUGUACCACAACUAAAAUUGAGACAUUCACAACUAAAGUGGUUAAGAUAACAGCUCUGGCCUCUGUGUCUGGCAAAUGCAGGAUAGAUCAUUUCUACAAAACAAGCUGCCAUCUGUGUGAAUGUGGAGAAGUGGAAAAAUAUACAGCACAAGUUUUAGACUUAAGUCCUCACACAUCAAUGCACUAUAGAACCUCAGUGUUCUUUAAAGAAAUGCUUCAAGUCAUAUGCAGUCCUAGUUAAAGGUUGCUAAAUUGUUUUCAACUUGGCCAUACCAUUUGAAGAAAAUCUUGGUUAUUAUUAAUCUUUAUACUAUUUGGAGGUUCUUUCAACCAUAAGAAAGGUUCUUCAUACUUACAGAUCUUAUUUACAAACAGUUAUUUAAAAACAUAUUCUUUGAAAGAUUCUUUAAAGGGCCAAAAGUGGUACUUCUGUAUCUGUAGGUGUACAUUGUCUGUAGGCACCAGGCCUAAAUCGAGAGUAUUAAGAAGGAGCAACAGUCUCUAUUCUUCUGGGAGGGCUUUACACUAGAUGUUACAAUUGUAUUUCAGCCACAAGAGCAUUAGUGAGGUCAAGUACUGAUGAUGGAUUAUUAGUUUUAAAUCCCAAACACCACUCCAACUCAUCCCAAAGGUACUGGAUGGAGCUCUGUCAGUUUAGAAACCACAGUUCCACUACUCUACAGCCCUUCUUUGUAAUAAUAACUGGCACAGUGCAAGCUGGUCUUAGGCUCAUGCACAGCUGCUCCAGAGAGUCCUACUCUAUUUGGCAAUGCUUUUUCAUGGAGAUUUUUCAAGUUGGGUAUGUCAGCAGAGUGUGUACCUUAAAAGUGUCUGGACACAUGCAAACCAUGGAUGUUCAUUUUUCUUGGGGUUUUGUUGUUGGUUUUGUUCUUGUGGAGAACGCAGAGGUCACAUACUUGCUCUCACUCUCAGAAAAACAAAGUCUUUUUCUCCUUCUCUUAUUAAAGGAUGACAAAACUGUA